AUGAAGACUUUGCUUCUGUUUGCCUUCUCUCUCAUCGUACUGGCCUCUUUCUCAGAGGCCUCCCCAGUUCUGAUGGAAAAACAGGCCAAACAGCUCCUGAGGUCCCGGAGGCAGGAGCGGCCUCCCAGCAAACCCGGCUUCCCAGACGAGCCGAUGCGGGAGUACAUGCACCACUUGCUGUACCUGGAGCAUCUCGCUGAGGAGCAGUUCCUGGAGCACUGGCUGAAUCCACACUGCAAGCCUCACUGUGACAGGAAUGUGGUCCACCCGGUGUGA